ACAAAUCUUUGAUCUGACUUCUUCUCUUGUCUUACAAAUCUCUAUUGUCUUCAGAGUCUGUCUAUCUAUGGGGAUCUCCUUCAGCAACCGUCGACGUGACAACAACCACCACCGUCACAACCACAAUCACUCUCCUCCUCCUCUUCUUCCUUCUCGUCCGCCGUACUAUAAUAACCCUACCGAUCCUCCCUCGCAACAACCGCCGCCUCAAAACGACUACAGCUACACUCACAACAACAACCUCGUUUCAACUCCACAGCUCGCUCUUCCUGCUCCUCCACCACCACAACCACCGUCUUCUCAGCCUCCUCCGCCGCCGCAGAUUAAUCACGGACCAUACGGUCAAAACUAUUAUCAAAACCAGUAUUACCCGCAACAAGGUCCUCCGUAUUUCACCGGUUACCAUCACAAUGGUUGGAAUACUAUGAUGAGACCGGUUUACUUCGGUCCGCCUACGGUUCAGGUACCUCUGCCUUCUGUGGAGCACCAGAACGCGAAGAAGGUGAAGAAUGCUGUCAAUGUGAAUAAAGCUACGGUGAAGCUCGAACCAGACGAUCUUAACCCUGGUCAUCAUCUUGUUUCCUUCGUCUUCGAUGCCGUGUUCGAUGGCAGUUUCACUGUCAUAUUUUUUGCAAAGGAGGAAUCAAAGUGCACAAUGGUUCCGCAUUUACCAGAAGCUUACCCACCAACCAAAGUCCCUUUCCUAAAAGGUACUGCGCAGAAGUUUCUACAACCUUCAGGGACAGGAACUGACUUGGGGUUCUUUUCACUGGAUGAUCUAUCCAAACCAACAACAGAAGAAGUGUACCCACUUGUAAUAUCAGCCGAGACAGUAACCCCACCAAAUAAGCAAAUCACACUAGCCUGUUUGGAGAAGACUAACGAUAGCUCUUUCAAAGUGAAAGUUAUGAAACAGCUCCUAUGGGUUGAAGGAGAACGAUAUGAACUACAUCAGUUGUAUGGUAUCGAGAACUCGACCACACAAGGUACUGCUGCGUCGGGCUUAGAGGAUACUGGUGGCAAAGAAUGUGUCAUAUGCUUGACUGAACCUAAGGACACCGCCGUCAUGCCUUGUAGACAUUUGUGUUUAUGCAGUGACUGCGCAAAAGAACUCCCGUUUCAGUCAAACAAAUGUCCCAUUUGUCGAAAACCUAUCGAAAGACUUGUAAAGAUGAAAGUGGAAAGUAGUGAUGAACAACACUGAAAGAGAGGUUUGUUUUGUUCCCUUCACUUAAACACCAAGUUUGGUUCUUUUUCUUUUUUUUUUCCGAAACCCUUGAAGCAAAUUUCUUAUUCUCUGUUUUGUUAAACAAACCUCAUUUUAUACUCUGUACAUAUUUGUUGCUCUUAGUUUCGGAAAUUUGGAAGAAACUACGAAAACAUCAGUAAUGUAACAUAUAUAUAGCUCUCUAAUGAUUCUAGAGAAGUUCUCGUUGUGUCUCUCUGCUUGAAAUACUCAUCAAUCUCUUUGAUGUGUUAUUGAAUACUAUUUCUUUGUUUGCUUA